GCAAAAGUCGGGUAAUAUGAUAUUUUAUUUAUGUGAAUAAAAAAGGCGGGUUAUCGCGAUUAAUGGCGUCCAAGAUAACCUAGCUUAAUAUUUUUUAUUAAGGAGGUUUUGUAGCGGCGAGGCUCCACCUUUUUCGAGCGGUUCUGUGACCUCAGCAGUGGGCUGGAUUUUUUUUUCUCCGGGCUUUCACAGUGUGUGCUCCCGUCCACAAACGUCUUGGACCUAUGCGGCUUCAGCGACAGCCACAGGACCGCUCGUGCCGCUCCCAGCCGCUGAGAGGCCCGCUGAUCAGCACGCUGGACGUCCGUUUCCUCCACGCGCCUCCAAUCGGGAAUAAAUAACUGAGGAAUGUGGGAUUUACAGAAUGCCCAACAGCGCUGGAAAGAGAUUUAAACCCACCAAAUACAUCCCGGUGUCCACUGCUGCCACACUCCUCGUCGGAUCGACCACUUUAUUUUUCGUCUUUACGUGCCCCUGGCUGGCAAAGGUGAUCUCUCCUGCUGUGCCUUUCUACAAUGGCCUCGUCUUCCUCUUCGUCCUGGCCAACUUCAGCAUGGCAACCUUUAUGGAUCCUGGUGUUUACCCCAGAGCUAACGAGGAUGAAGACAAGGACGACGAUUUCCGCGCGCCGCUCUACAAAAACGUGGAGAUCAAGGGCAUUCAGGUUCGGAUGAAGUGGUGCGCCACCUGUCACUUCUACAGGCCGCCGCGCUGCUCGCACUGCAGCGUCUGUGACAACUGCGUGGAGGACUUUGACCAUCACUGUCCUUGGGUGAACAACUGCAUCGGGCGGAGGAACUACCGCUACUUCUUCCUCUUCCUGCUGUCGCUGAGCGCCCACAUGGUGGGGGUUUUCUCCUUUGGCCUCAUUUUUGUCCUCCACCACACAGAAAUGCUGGGAGCUCUGGAGACUACCGUCACUCUGGUGGUGAUGUGCAUCGCAGGGCUCUUCUUUAUUCCAGUCAUGGGACUCACUGGGUUUCAUAUGGUGCUUGUUGCUCGUGGUCGGACCACAAAUGAACAGGUGACGGGCAAGUUCCGUGGAGGAGUAAAUCCCUUCACCAAGGGUUGCUGUGGCAACGUGGAGUAUGUCUUAUGCAGUCCCUUGGCUCCCAGGUACGUGUUGGACCCGAGGAAAAAGCCUCCCAUCAAGAUUCAGCCUCCGUUCAUCCGACCCAACACCUCAGAGAGGCAGUAUACCAUUAAGGUCAGCAGCGACAAUGGAAUCCAUCGCACCAUAAUAAAAUCCAAGUCCAAAUGCAGCCUCGACGGUUUGGACAGCAAAGAAACGCAGCCGCCACUGCCGCCCAAAGCUGACAAAUACAGCCAGCUGAAAGCCCCGCAGACCUCCAGUGAAGAGAGUUCUCUUUCCGGGAGGACCCACCCAUCCACCCCUGCCAUGUACAGAUACAGGCCGUCCUUCGGGACCAUGCCAAAGGUUCACUACCACACCACCGGAGUUGAGAUCACACUGUCGGAGGACAGAAAGACUUCAGCUAUCCUCGAAGAGGGCGUCCGUGGCCAUGACUACCGAUCCGAGCCGAAUCUGGACCUGCCUGAAUACGCCAACGCUCCCCUCCACCGCACCUUUCAGUCGUCCCCUUUCCAGCUGGACUCGGACCCCGUGGCCUCCCGCACUCUCAGCCUGAAGCAGGGCCCGUGCCGGCUGGAGAAAGGCCAGGUCCACGCCCUGGCGCCCCAGACGCCCGCCUCCACCUCCUACAAGGGUGCCUUUUCGCCGAACACCCUCUCCAACCGGAACGGCAGCCUGUCCUAUGACAGCCUGCUCAACCCCAGCAUCUCCCCAGCCGGUGCCAACGAGUGCAGGGCCCACAGGGGGAUGCCCCCCAUGGGGUUCCACUCCCCCUUCCUGCCCAACAAAAUGUGCCACAUUCGGGAGACGGAAAUACACCGACAGCAGGCUGCUCCCGCCUACAGUCCAGUUGUGAUCCCCAGAGGGAUGGGUCGGCAGUCCCCCCACCUGCGGGACAGGGACUCCUCCCCGGUGCGCUAUGACAACCUCUCCCAGACUAUCAUGGCCUCCAUCCAGGAGCGUAAGGAACUGGAGGAGCGGGAGAAACGGAAGAUGAUGCACGGACGCUCCCAGACCAACAUCUACACCCCGGACUCUGCCGCAUUCGACGGGGGUUACGGACUGCCCACUUGCUACCCCGAUGGCCCCCGUGGCCCUGGCUCCAGGGGCCCCACGCCCCCGACCUACGGGGGCUCCCGGGACAACCUCAUGGGGCUCGGGGUGAUGAGCUACGGUCAAAGAACCCCCGUGCAGCGCUACGCCGGCUCUACGCUGGGCCGCGCCCCUCGGACUUCAUCCACCUCUCUGCACACGGAUCACAGUAGCACCAACAGCAGCCAGAACCGGACCUCCGGUCCCGAGGGGCCCUACUGCUCCCCCGUUCACCAACCCCACUCCCCUGUCAUGCCCCGAUCCCCUUCAUACUCCCACCAGAAACUCUCCUACAUCAGUACUCAUGACAAGACAGAGUCCCCUCGACUGGGGGGCCAAAGAGAGGCCAUGAAAAUAAACGGGCAGAUGGACUGCCACAUGAGCACCCAGAACGCCACCCUGAGCCCCGGCCGCCACGCUAACGUCAAAAAGGUGACGGGUGUAGGAGGAACGACAUACGAAAUAUCCGUCUGAGAGGGAAAAAAAUAUCCAAAUACCUCCACCUUUAACAGCAACGCCCCUAAUAAAGGAAGAUCUGUCUUUUACUGGGAUCUGCUGGGUUUGUGGAAGUUGUGGGGCGGCAAACUGUUCUGGUAGGGAAGUGUUCUGUGGUUCUUCCUCAGCUACACGUCACCAAAUCUGAGUUGAAAUCAUCCGCCAGAACGCCUGACGUCAAGAAAUCCACGGUGCUGCACCUCGACCUCAUGAUGGUGUCGUUUUCUGACGGGAUUUUGAGGAAGAAGACAAACGGGGGAAAUCUCUGAUCUAGUCUGGUGGUUGCAUUCCAAAUUCAAUGAGAAAGGCUCGUUUUGAAUAUAAACUCUUUUUGUUGUUUUAAAAAAAUACUUUUCUCAGGAAUUAAUGCAAGCUGCAGAGAUUCUACAUGAUGUAUAUUUAAUGUUUUGUUUUUUCCAGAUGCAAUUUUUUUUUCUUAUUAUAUUAGGAAACAUUGGAAAAUCGUUUUUUCCACAAAAAGAUUAGAAUAAUUCAUCCAAAUAUUAGUUCAAAAAGGUUUUUGCCAAAACUAAACAUCCUAGAUUUCAUGCCCUUUUCUUUGCCGUUUGCUUCUAUCUAGUUUAAUCAAAGAACGGAUGCUCUGAGUGUUUUUCUUGCUUAUAAAUUAUUUUUAAUGAAGAUUAUAAUGGAUCAGUCUAAGAAAAUAUAGUCAAUUCUAUUUUGCUGUGUAGUAAAAAAAAAAAUAAAAAAUUUAAUGUUGUGGAAUUCAGAUAUAAAUCUAUGGUGGACAUUCACGCGGUCCAUAUGGAAUGUGGACUUUCUGUACAGUGUGACAGGGCUUUUGGUUCAACUGCCAUGACACUUCUUGUCCCGUGUGGCCAUAAAGACCUGGAACUCCUCCGAGCUGUCUGGUACAGCCGCACCAUCUCACACCAGUGACUUUGUUUCAAGAAUGGACUUGGAUGUAAAAUGUUCCAUUUUGAGGGGAAACCAUUGUUGCCUUUUUAGUUUUUUUUUCUUUUCAGAGAAAAGUUUACUUCACAAACUGGCUGAAACUUUUUGAGAUGUUUCUGUGGAUGUUUGUGGCUAUUAAGCUGGGUGGACUUUCCAGGAUAUAUUUAGGAUGAAAGCAGGAGGCUGUAGUUCCAGCCCUUUUCCGUGUCACCCAGCUGCCUUAUCAAAGAGGACGGUGAAGCAAAGCUUCCUGCUUUUGGAAUCUCGAGGAACAGGGCUAGCUUUUACCACAAACCGGAUUUCAUUUUCAGUUCCCGAGGAUCCUUAAAAAGUCCUCAUUGGUCCACGAUGACAGCAUAUCGGAAUGGAAUUGAUGUCAUCCCUCCCCCCUUAAGGUGACUGCCGUUAAGUCUGACGCUCCCGUCUAAAGAUGGACAUCACCGCAGACCGACUGUCGGUGAUGAAUCCAUCCAACAGGCUGCUGGGUUCACUGUCCAAACCAUGUAUACCACGAGUGUAAAUGUAUUUUUGUGAAGAGGAAAUAUUCCCAUGGAUCCGAGCAAAGUCAAUAAAGAUAGUUUCCCACU